AUGGCCCCCACUCUUGUUGGUAUCAACGGUUUCGGCCGUAUCGGUCGUAUCGUCUUCCGUAACGCCGUUGAGCACGAUGACGUCCAGGUCGUCGCUGUCAACGACCCCUUCAUUGAGCCUCACUACGCCGCCUACAUGCUCAAGUAUGACUCCGUCCACGGCCAGUUCAAGGGCGACAUCAAGGUCGAGGGCAACGGCCUCGUCAUCAACGGCAAGACCGUCCGCUUCUACAAUGAGCGUGACCCCGCUGCCAUCCCCUGGAAGGAGACUGGCGCUGCCUACAUUGUCGAGUCCACUGGUGUCUUCACCACCACUGAGAAGGCCAAGGCCCACUUGAAGGGUGGUGCCAAGAAGGUCAUCAUCUCCGCCCCCUCCGCUGACGCCCCCAUGUUCGUCGUCGGCGUCAACGAGCAGAGCUACAAGAGCGACAUUGACGUUCUCUCCAACGCUUCUUGCACCACCAACUGCUUGGCUCCCCUUGCCAAGGUCAUCAACGACAAGUUCGGUAUCGUUGAGGCUCUCAUGACCACUGUCCACUCCUACACCGCCACCCAGAAGACCGUUGACGGUCCCUCUGCCAAGGACUGGCGUGGUGGCCGUACUGCUGCUCAGAACAUCAUUCCCAGCAGCACUGGUGCCGCCAAGGCUGUCGGCAAGGUCAUUCCUUCCCUCAACGGCAAGCUCACUGGCAUGUCCAUGCGUGUGCCCACCCCCAACGUCUCCGUCGUCGACCUUACUGCCCGCCUCGAGAAGGGCGCCUCCUACGACGAGAUCAAGCAGGUCAUCAAGGCCGCUUCCGAGAACGAGCUCAAGGGCGUCUUGGGCUACACUGAGGACGACAUUGUCUCCACUGACCUGAUUGGCGACAACCACUCUUCCAUCUUCGAUGCCAAGGCUGGUAUCUCCCUGAACCCCAACUUCGUCAAGCUCAUCUCCUGGUACGACAACGAGUGGGGCUACUCUCGCCGUGUCCUUGACCUCCUCGCCCACGUCGCCAAGGUCGACGCUGGCAAGUAA